AGUCUGCCUCACUAAGAGAGAGCGAGUGGACAAAUAUACAGCCAAUCUGAGCUUAAACCAACUACAAUGAGAGCAAGGAUCAGCCUAAUACGGCAAGGAAAACGUUUUUAAAAUUUUUGAGAUUCUACAACCUUUUGAACAAGGAAUUCCAAAAAAUAGGACAAGAAAAAAACAAAAAAAACAAAACAAAGGAGUGCAUGUUGAGUUAGAUAAAGGCAACAAAAAGAAGAGGACUACUGGACUCAACAUUGGAUCAGGAUGAGCAUGAAUGGCACACUGGAGAAGGGGGCUCAUCACCAGACCCUCGACCUCUCUGAAGAGCUCCCAAACAACAGCCAUCACCAUCAUCACCAUCACCCCAAUUUCCAGCACACAAACUCCUUGGCCUCCACUGUGCCAGCCGGGACCCCAGUAGGAGGAUCUGGAGUUGUUGUGCCUCCACCUUACUCUGCUGCGGAGGCUGGGGGAGGUGAAGCUCCGCUGGAGCUCCGGGGCUCUCUGGACUGCUGGGCGUGUUCAGUGCUGGUGACAGCGCAGAACCUGCUGAUCGCAGCCAUCAACGCCUGCCUGGCUGGGUUGGUUUUUGGGCUCAUCCUCACUCCUGCUAUUGUCAUGGUGGUGUUUGGCUUUCUCUGUCAUUCAACGGUGCGCCCUCACGGCUCAUCACCAUACUGUUCGGACCUACUGAAUGACGGCGGUUGUGUGGCUCUGCUGGUUGUGGGUUUCUUGCUAGUGACUCCACUCUUGGUUCUGGCCUUGGCUGCGUACUGUCGGCUUGCUCGUCACCUUCAGCUGGGUCUGUGUUUUAUUCCAUACAGCCGUGCCGUCUACAAGAACCUUCCAGCUACCCAGCACCGUGGCUUGGCAGGUGGCUGCUGUGGACAGCAAUCUGGGAAAAGAGAAGGGAAGGGAAAGGUGUGGGUGUAGAGGGAAAGGACUACACGACUGUAGUACUGGAGAUAUGAAAAGUUGUGAAAGAACACAUUACACAUUGAAGACCUAAAAAUCCCCCACAUAAAAAUAUUUAAAUACAUAUCAGACAUAAAGAAAUAAGGAAUUCUUACUCACUGAUUAACAUGUUUUAUAGCCAGACACACCAUGUUCGUCAAUUUGUUAUAAGACAAUAAAUGAAAACUUUUUUAAUUUUAGUACUUGAUAUUUAUAAUCAAAUUCAAAUAUCCAAAAAUGUUGUGUAUGUAUUCCAUGUAUAAAAAACACUAUUCGCCUCAUACAAUAAGCACACAUGUAUUAAGACAUUGUCAAAAAAAAUUUGUUAUAUAUUUUCUUAUAACAUGUACAGUGUUGUGUAUUUUCUCUUUUCCUUAAAUGUUCCAUUAAAUACAAAUCAAAUACUGUAAUUUCACAAA